GUUUUGUUUUGGUGCCCGAGUUUGUUAUGACUUGGGAGGCGCUGACAAUGCGGCGGGGUUGACGCCUCGCACUAGAAAUGGGUCAAGACCGCCCGGCGAUGGACCGUGACGGCCAUGUAUCCAGCACGUAUAAUAUUCCAAAUUUUCUCGGCGCUUUUGAAGCGGAAGAGAAGGUGAAAUCGCUUUUUGGGAGCGGUAAAAUCAGCAGAGAGAAGUUACCGCGGGACGAAGAAGAAAGAGGAGUAGAAGAAGAAGAAGAGCAAACGCGGGAUGCGGAGAACAACAAUAACAACGGAGGCGGGGGAGAGGACGGCGGGGUGGACGCUGUCCAGUCCAUGAAGGAGGAGUUGCUUGCUCCAACAUCUCCCUUGGACCGCACGAGUCCGGACGGUCAAAUGCAGGGCGGCGAGGAGGUUGGGCAAGGUGACAUAAACGCCGUUUGCGACGAUAACGAAAAACCGGGGCGCGGCGAGGUUCAAAACGAGCCUCCCCCCGUGGAGUUAACCCCAUCGGACACUGGGCGAGUUGAUAUACUUUCCCUUUUGGAAACUAAUCGAGAAAAAUGUGAUACUAGCCUAAAUCCGGACGUGACACCAAGAGUUAAUGAUCAUAUUUAUUGCACUGUCUACUGUAUCGCCAACGAGGAACAGCAUAACACUGAUAUACCCCAAGUUUGGGGCAAUGAACUGACUUCCGGGUUGGACGGGGGGCUCGUUUUAUACACCGAGGAGGACCUGGUGGACCCACUGCGCGGGGCUUCAUUACUACGAGCGGGGACCGACGCAGACGUCGAGGCACAACUGUGUCGGGUGUGUCUGGAGGAGAAAACUAUCGUACCCUUGCCAUGCUGCCGGAAGUUGGUGUGUGACGAAUGUUUGACACUGUACGUCACUUCUCAGGUGCAAGAAGCCAAGGCGUCUAUCCGCUGUCCUAUCUCGGAGUGCAGCGGGAUGCUGGAGAACGCCGCUGUAGAGUCGUGGCUUGGCCCCGAGGACGUGCUGCGCUACCGCUAUUUCUUGGAGCUGAGUCAGCUGGACAGCAGUACCAAGCCCUGCCCCCGCUGCAGACGAUUCACCUCGCUCGAACGAGCCAGUCCUGCGCGCUCCGAGCAGAAGUACAAGAUCCAGUGCAGCGACUGUCAAUUUGUGUGGUGCUUUAAAUGCCACGCUCCGUGGCACCAAGGCAUCAAGUGCCGCGACUACCGAAAGGGCGACAAACAGCUGCGAAGCUGGGCGUGCGUCAUCGAACGAGGACAACGCAACGCGCAGAAAUGCCCAAAGUGCAUGAUCCACAUUCAACGCACUGAAGGAUGCGAUCACAUGGUGUGCACGCAGUGUAACACUAAUUUUUGUUAUCGCUGUGGUGAGCGCUACCGUCAACUCAGGUAUUUCGGGGAUCAUACGUCCAACCUGAGCGUGUUUGGCUGCAAGUAUCGCUAUUUGCCAGAUAAACCGCAUCUCAGACGCUUUAUUCGAGGGUCCAUCUGUGGCGCAAAAGUGUUACUGGCUCCGUUGGUGUUGUCGCUGGUACUGGUCUUGGGAGCCGUGGCGCUGGUCAUAGGCUUAAUUGGCUUCCCCUUCUACUACGUGUGCAAAAAGAGAAAAAGGCGCGCCACCUCUUCUUUAGGCUCCUGGCGCUUUUGACGUUGGAACGCCAAGUGAAAAGCUCCUCAGGGACUGCGUAAGACUUAAAUUUCCUCAUCCCCCGUUUUCCUGAAAAAUUGCAGGAAGUUACCGGGGUUUUUUUUUUUUUUUUUGCACUGUGACCCCCACGCACGGCUUCAGCGCUUCUGUGCAGGGCGUGCGUGCGUCCUCAUCACAAAAGCCAAAGCGCACAGUCAGCCGCUCGUAUUGUGCCAAAACAAACGCAGAUCGAGCUCGACCAACACCCCAUUCCCACCAAUCGUCGCGAUGCCGCGCUAAUCCUCGUCGAGCUGUGUCACCGCCAUAACGUCUCGUGCCACCCGGGACUCCUGUUUUAAAAAAACAAGGGUUUUCAAUGUGAAGUUAAGUCAAUAGGAACAAGACGCUAAUACGCUUUAAUUUUGCUUAGCGAAAAUGAAGGAAAAAUGUGGGCAAACUUGAAACUUUACAUGAAGCGUGUAGCGUUACUAAAGAAAAUGAGAAGGAAAAAAUUGGAAUGUUACAAGGGAAAAAUGUGCAGCUUCAUUACAAAGAAAAACAGGAAUGUUUUUGGAAUACCAUUGUAACAUUGAAAUAUAUGUUUUAGUUAUUUUAUUGGUAAUGUUAGGUGUUAAUGCUAUAGCUAAACAGUUGGCAUAUCAAGACGGAAAUUUUUUACUGUUACAGAAAAAAUAUGUUUAUUCAAAACAAAUAAUGUUAUAUUUUAUAGUAAAAAGAGAGACAAAAGGUCAGAAUGAAUGCUUAAAUCCCGAAUUCUAAAUAGAUAUGGACGUGAAACGGUCUCGACUCUUAGUAAAAAGCAAAAAAAAAUGUUCAGUUAGCAUUUAUUUUACGUAAACAUGUCGAAGUACAAUGCUAGUCUGUUAGUGAAUGUAGCUAGCGGCCGCCUGAUGUAAACAAAGCUUUUCCAGUUAAAAUUCUUGUAAUUAAAUGCUUAAAUCCCUGAAUUCUUUAUGGACGUAAAACAGUCUCGUCUCUUGGUUAAAAGCAAAAAAAAAAAACAUGCAGUUAUGUUCGUCGAAAACGUUUUUACGGUACAAAGAAAAUGUAGAGACUUCAUAAUGUAUUGGUGGGGCCGAUAAAUAUGGGGCCUGCAUUGUUGGCGAGGCCGUCAAAGCUGACCGGGUGGAAUCUCAGUUAGCAUUUAUUUUACGUAAAUAUGUCAAAGUACAAUGCUAGUCUGUUCGUAAAUGUAACUGGCGGUCGCCUUAUCUAACUAAACAAAGCUUUUCCAGUGAAUAUUCUUGUGAAUAAAUGCUUAAAUCCCCGAAUUCUUUAUAGAUUUGGACGUAAAACGGUCUCGACUCUUGGUGAAAAGCAAAAAAAAAAAAAAAGUGCAGUUAGCAUUUAUUUUACGUAAACAUGUCGAAGUACAAUGCUAGUCUUUUAGUGAAUGUAGCUAGCGGCCGCCUGAUGUAAACAGAGCUUUUCCGGUGAAAAUUCUUGUGAAUAAAUGCUUAAAUCCCCGAAUUCUUUAUGGAUAUGGACGUAAAACUGUCUCGUCUAUUGGUUAAAAGCAAAAAAAACGUGCAGUCAUGUUAGUCGAAAAAAAAUUUACAGGACAAAGAAAAUGCAUAGACUUCAUAUAUAUUGACGGGACACGGGACGCAGGGUUGAUAAAUAGUGGCCCUGCAUUGUUGGCGAGGCCGUCAAAGCUGACCGAUUGGAAUCACAGUUAGCAGUUAGCAUUUAUUUUAUGUUAAUAUGUCGAAGUACAAUGCUAGUCUGUUAGUAAAUGUAGCUAGCGGCUGCCUUAUCUAACUAAACAGAGCUUUUCCGGUGAAAAGUCUUGUGAAUAAAUGCUUAAAUCCCCGAAUUCUUUAUAGAUAUGGACGUAGAGCAGUUUUGACUCUUGGUUAAAAGGAAAAAAAAGAAAAACCUGCAAUUAGCAUUUAUUUUACGUAAAUAUGUCAAAGAACAAUACUAGUCUGUUAGUGAAUGUAGCUAGCGGCCGCCUUAUGUAAACAAAGUUUUUCCAGUGAAAAUUCUUUUGAAUAAAUGCUUAAAUCCCCAAAUUCUUUAUAGAUAUGGAUGUAAAACAGUCUCGACUCUUGAUUAAAAGCAGAACAACCGUGCAGUUAGCAUUUAUUUUACAUUAAUAUGUCGAAGUACAAUGCUAGUCUGUUAGUGAAUGUAGCUAGCGGCGGUCUUAUGUAAACAGAGCUUUUCCGGUGAAAAUUCUUUUGAAUAAAUGCUUAAAACCUCGAAUUCUUUAUAGAUAUGGACGUAAAACAGUCUCGAUUCUUGGUUAAAAGCCAAAAACAAAAUGUGCGGUUAGCAUUUAUUUUAUGUAAAUAUGUCGAAGUACAAUGCUAGUCUGUUAGUAAAUGUAGCUAGCUUCCGCUACGUAUUGCCAACUAUGAUGCCAAUGCAGUAGCGGCUAAUUUCUCCCAUUAAUUGUUUUCACAGCGUUUCAAAAUGUAUGCAUGGUACGAAAAAUAUAAUAAUUACCAUGAAUCACUCCUGAGACAAUCCUUCCUGUUUUUAUGCGGUACAGCUUUCGUACUUUUUCAACAGAAAUCCGGCAUUCGAUCACUGCGUGCGUGUGUUUGUGAAUAGCUCCUCUUGAUGUGGGCGGCCCCCUACUUGAAUGCGAGGCGCAGUGCAUGACCGAUCCGACCCAUCAAUACCAUUAAGAAGUCUAUGGAAAAUGUUAAAGAGUAAAAAGUACUUUUAUGACAACAUUUUAUAUUGUCAAUCACAAAAACAUCGGAAUAUUUACCAAAAUACUAAAUUACAAACUUUACAUGUAUUUUUAUUGCUAACACCAUCUAGUGGGUGGAGUCAGAAGCGCACACAUUUUCCCCGUAACCUUCCAACUUCUCAUUCCGAUAAAAUCUGCGUGUCAUGUUACUGUUUUGACCCCAUCAUUUUGCUGUUUUUGAGGCUUUUACGAUAUCACUGGCUUUUUCAUUUGUGUGUGUGUUUUUUUUAACGGUGCCUUACAGCUGCUGAUGCAAAGUCAAACCCCAAAUGAAUGUACAUACUGUAUCAGACAAUGAAGAAUUAUUUUGUUGCAUUCAUGUUUAUGGUACAUUCAUAAUCGUGGUUUUCAAUUGAAAUAGAUAAGGAUGAAAAAAUUGUCACCCUGGUGGUGGUUCGUGGGAGCAAAAAAAAAAAGAAAAAAAGUUGCAGUUGCAAUUUGUUGCCAACAGAAGGCAGUCACACUACAAUGUCUAAACCGCACGGAUUUUUUGAAAACAAAUCAUGACUUGAUAGAAGUAUGAAUAAAAAGAAAUGGAUGAAUAUUACAAGUUUCUUUUUUAUUAUUAUUUUCAUUUGUUUUGAAAUGUCACAUAAGGCACACGUUUCACCUCUCACAUAUUUGGAUCCAACAGCUGGACUGUGACUGCACUAGUAAAACACUGAUUAAAAACAAUCCGCUAUGUAAUCAUUGCAUGAUGAAAGACCAAAAAAACAUGUCCUCAGAAAAUGUGCGCAUAUUCAGUGAGAUAGAUGUCCCAAAUGGAUUGGUCGUCUAUUCCUGUCAAUGCCAGCCAACGAAUUAAAUAUUCAUGUACGUUGAUUCGUAGUUGAAAUUGGUUGAUUGGUGUGUUUUGGUCCAAAUAUUUUACACGCCCAAUUAUGGGGGAGUAGUAAUUUUCUCGUUUUGCCAUCAUACAACAUAUAACUACAUUACUGUACAAUGCUACACAGUGACAAAUGGUGUAUUUUAAUGUUCACCCUGAGAAAUACAGUUGAAUUAAAACCAAAAAAAAAGAAGCUAAUAAAAAUAAGACACAUAUUGAGUAAAAUACUCUUAGUAUUCCGACCAUUGUAUAGGUCAUGUCAUUGUAUGUCAACUAAUUCAUAACAAUAACAUACUGUUUAAAAAUCAAGAUAUAUUUUAAAGGGUAUUAUAAUACUAAGGGGCUGUGAGAUAUGUAUAGAACCGUUAUGUGGCAAGAUAACAAAUAUUAGUAAAGUCAACAAAAAAAUAAAUCACAUUCACGAGCAAUUAUCGAAAAUAGAUCGAAAAACAUUUCCGAAAGUAUUCCGGAAACAGCCGAAUGGGGCGGAGACGUCACAACAAGGAAACAAAAGGUCGAGGCAGGUGCCAUCGUUGUUUAUUGACGAGAGAGUUGCGUUUGUGUUUUAUCAAAAAAUCGCUAAAAUGGUUCAAACCUGUAAUGCUAUGUGGUGUACAAAUAGCCAUUUGUCGCAAUGUAGUACCCAUGAGUUCCCGAACGUGAGAAAAAGAGCUGGACUACGCAGACAAUGAGUAAAGUUCAUCCGUGCUAAGAGGGCUAAUUUUGCAGACCCAGCCUCCGGCACGGUUUUGUGUUGUGCGCAGUUUACACCUGAAAGCUAUUCGAACUAUGGACAAAUGAAAUCAGGUUUUGCUAAGAAAUUGCUGCUGAAAGCAGAUGCGGUGCCCACCAUACACGCGCAGCCACCUAAAUGUCCCGAGAUAUCAAGAAAGAGGACGAUGACUGGCUCUGAUGAAACCACCCCAGGCUAACCAAAGGAGCGGAGCAGCCAAGCUCGAAAUGGCCAGAGUGAGUACUCUUUUAUAAUGACUGGCUUGAUUCAAAACCAGAAUCAAGAAAUCGUCAGAGAGCUCCAGUUAAUUCGCGCUGAAAACGAGAAACUCAAGCAGGCGGUCGAUGAGAGAGAUGUUCGCAUCAACAGGCUGGAAAUUUUGGCUGACGAUCUCGACCAGUGCCGACGCGCAAAUGAGCUCAUCAUUUCUGGAUUACAACUGACGCCUAGCCCAGGGGACACAGUGGCGCAACUGGCGAUUGCUAAGCUGAAAGAGUAUGGAAUAAUCAUGGAACCGCUGGACAUCCGUCGCUGCCUUCUGCUCCCAUCUGGGGGGAGAGGACCGGCGACGGUGCUCAUGAAGCUGGCAGACCACAAGUCCAAGACUGCCCUGCUUAACCAGCGCCACCACCUGAAAGGGUCGAAGAUUUUUUUGAAUGACAACUUGGGGGAUGGGAAACUGAUAAGCAUAUGCUUCAUCCCGUCCGCCUUUGUCUUCUUCUUCGGUUCGGGGUAUAUCAUAUCACAUUUUGUAAUUGUCAAUGAUUGUCAAUGAUACUGAUGAUGAUGACAAUAAAAUUUCAUUCAUUCAUUCAUAAUAAAAAACAUCAAGCAUUGGAUAUAGGACUGGACACAUGUAUAAAUUAUCGCUCGUAAAAUAUAUAGAACAAAUCCUCUAUUCCCAUUCAUAUUUGUGUCUGUUGGCAGAGCGAAAACCUAUGAUAGCACAAUAAAUGAUAAAUAUUCUAUACAUUAUUUUGCGGUCACGGUUUAUCAGCUUCACAAAAAGAAAUGCAAAACAAACCAUUCGGUGUUUCCCACACGAUCUGUUGCUAGUGUUUCAUCAGUGUGAUUGCUCCCCUCAAUAAUCCUUUCAUUAGGCUGCAUUGGCUUUCGUUUGGGCUCAAAUUGAUAACCCAAAACACCAAAGAAAGGUUCAUAACUCUCCUCGUCACCAUUAGAAGAACGUUCGUUACGUCGGAUUCGUCGCUGCAACUAGAAACAAAAUUGUGACGCCAUCAUUCAGUACUAAGCACUGAGCCGGUUGUUUCCUUGUUGUGUCGUCACGCACACAAUAUGCUAGAUUUCGGGGAUCUCGGGUGCCGGUCGUUUUAGCUUGACAA